AUGCCACUAACCCGCCCGAACAGGUUCAGCAUCAGAAUUGACGACCCGGACCAGUCGCUGUCAGACGAAGAGGAGUCGGGCGUACACGGCCCCUUGCCCUCUGAUCCAGUCGGCCAUGAGUUUGUGGACUUUGAAGAUUUGCACUUGACAUACCCGGAUGAAUUUAAAGCGUCUGAUUCCGCUUCUCGACCAAGGAACGCGCACCGUAGCCGUCACUCGCUCCACGGUUCCCGCUCGGCUUCGGCCCGCCGCCAGACGUCUCGCACCGCGCGCCGACAACAGAUGAUUCCGGAGCGCGACUUUGCCUCCCGAAGCCGGGCACGGCCACAUUCCUCAGAGUCUCUGGAGAGCGUGGACUCGGGUGAGGAUUUCGCUGGCCCGUUUGGCCGCGCGUCUGAGAGAAGGAUAUGGCCAGGGGUGCCGCAGACUCCAGGGUAUGCCCAAAGUUCUUCUUCUGGCCCAUCCUACAGCGCAUAUCCGUAUGGCCAUGGUCCAUACGGCCAUCCCGGUCAUCAGUCUGACGAGCUCCUCAGACUCGGCCAGCAGCCGCCCUACGGCUCGUCUACUCAUGCCUACGGGCCCCAGUUCCAACCGCAGUACUCGGCCUCGAUGCAGCCCUUCUACCCCUCAGAUCAACACCGACACCACCGCCAGCCGCCGCUGCCGCGCGCCGAUGUAUACAACCCGUUGUCGAUGGCACCUCCGGGAGGCCCGCCGUUCAACCCCCAAGACCUAAUGCCGUACGGCACCCCAAAUCACUACUAUCGAGACGCGUUCUCUAUGAUGCCUCACCAAUCGUAUUUCUCCCUAUACCCCCAAGUCCCUACCCCGACUAAGGCCGAAUUAAGCUCCCCCGCCCAGCCCCCCGUUGAUAUGGCCAAGGAUGACGCGAUCGCUCGACUGGAGAAGUUGAUUUUGGAUGAUCGAACGGAGCGGGAAGCCCGUGAAGCGGCCAUUGCCCGCGCGCAGGCGGAGAAAGCGGCCCAGGAGGAGCGACUGGCGCACGAUAAAAAGAUUGCUGAACAGGCGGCUUUUUUGGCCAGAGCAGAUGCCGAAAAGAGAGCCGCGGAGGAUGCAGCCAAGGUCAAGGAAGAGGCAGAGAAAGCUGCAGCGUCGGCAGCGUCAAAUGCGGCCGCGGCCGCUCAAAAGCCACCUGCGGAGAAGAAGAAACCCAUCAAAUUCAAGGAUGCCGUCGGAAGAAAGUUCAGUUUCCCCUUCGAGCUAUGCGCCACAUGGCAGGUAAGGACCCUCUUGAUUGCGGGAAUGGAGGAUCUCAUUCGCCAGGCUUUCCUUCACAUCGAAGUUAUUGGACCUCAUGUUGCCGAGGGACAUUACGACCUCGUGGGCCCCAAUGGUGACAUUAUCCUUCCGCAGGUCUGGGAAACCGUCAUUGAGCCCGACUGGACCAUCACCAUGCACAUGUGGCCGGUUCCCGAGAAGCCCAAAGAUGGUGCGGGGGCAAAGGACGGUGCUGCUGCAGACGGGAAGAAGAAGGCCGAUCCAGGCAACAACAAGAAGGCGAGCCGGCCAAAGAAAUCCGAUCCCGGGACCAUCGCUAUGUGGAUGAUGGGUGGUCGCAAUCCCACGCGGACCACCAAAGCGCCCAAAGCGGAGAAAAAGCCUGAAGCGGCGCAGUGA